AUGUAUCAGAUGCAUGAUCUCUCAACCUACCAGAUCAAUGGCACUAAAGAAUUGACGAUAUACUAUGGCGUCGACAACAAACGUGCCGAAGACAGUGGCAUUUACAAUUUCACCCUCCCUAGUGGUGGUCUUAAUUACCGUUUGGAAAUCCUGGCUUGGGGCUACGAUACGGAAGGUAAUGGGUAUAAAGUGACGUACGAGAAUGAGGCACCGGAGAUACAAGCGCCGGCUGCUCUAAGCGUAGAGUCUCGCGUCGCAACUGGUCCAACUCAAGAGACGGUAUCAAGGAUUUUGGCCGAGGUGAAGAAGCUGGGUUGGGUACCGCUGGCUACACUUGCCGAGGAGAUGAUUCCAACGACGCAUAACGACGGAAGGAAAGGGCUCGAAUACGUCUGUGACGCCACAUGCACUGGUACCAAGGAUCCCUGUUUUGCCUGA